AGUGAAACAAACAAAAAAGCAUAUCCUCGGAGUAGUCUCGAAAUAAUUUUGGAGGACGUGAUAAUGUUUCUCAAGGAUUUUGAAGAAAUAGCACCAAUUGGCUCUGGUGCAUAUGGCAGUGUUUUCAAAGCAAAACACAGACUUGAUGGGACGACUUACGUUAUUAAAUGUGUUAAAUACAAUAACGAGAAGGUAAAGCGUGAAGUAAAGGCUUUGGCAAUGCUUAGUCAUCCAAAUAUUGUUCGCUACUAUAAUAGUUGGGUUGGAGAAGAUUACAACAAAAGAUCAUUGCCGAAGUACCUUUUCAUCCAAAUGGAAUUCUGUGAGAAAGGGACAUUGGAAGCCUGGAUUGAGAUCAGAAGAGGGGAGAUUCCAAACAAAGAUUUGUCUUUGGGAUUAUUUAAGCAAAUAGUAACUGGAGUGGAUUAUAUACAUUCAGAAGGGUUAAUUCAUAGAGACCUUAAGCCAAGUAACAUAUUUUUAGUAGAUACAAAACAAAUAAAGAUUGGAGACUUUGGACUUGUAACAUUCCAGAAACAUGAUAAACAGCGGACAGAAGACCAGGGAACUCGACUCUACAUGAGCCCUGAACAGCUCGCUUCAGUAGAAUAUGGAAAUGAAGUGGACAUCUUUGCCUUAGGGCUAAUUCUCUCAGAGCUUCUUUAUAUACCUCUCAGUCGUCAGGAAACAUAUAAGAUAUUCGAAGAUCUAAGGAAGGGCCAUGUCUCGGAUAUAUUUAAUGACAAAGAAAAAAUUCUCCUACAGAAAUUAGUUGCGACUGACCCCAAGAUGCGACCUAAAACAUCUGAAAUACUGAAGACUUUGAAGGAGUGGAAUAAUGUUCCAAAGAAAAAAAGGCGAAACACAUAUUAGUGCCUUUCUAAAAAAGGCACUUCUGAUGUUCGAUUUUCCUGUAAUUGUCUAAAAUCUGCUAGGGAAUAUUGAUGAUAUUUACCUGUUAUUUUCAUUUUCCCUUAAUUUUUUAAUACAUUAGCAUAAAGGUUUACACCUUUUUUUAAAAAAAUUGAUUUUUAGAGCCCGGCCAGUGU